CGUCGCUUUCACCGGCCGCCCGGCCAGCCGGCGGCCUGCCCCGCCGCUCCCGCUAGCUGGUGGUCACCACCCGCGCAUUCGCGUGCGGGAAAAUUGGAAAAGGCGUGGCCCGGCCGGUCUCCCCUCCGCGCCGAAAGAGUCCCCCCACCUGCGUGCUGCGCUCUAUAAAUCGGCCGCCGCUCGCGCGCCCGCCGCGUUGCAACUUCUUCCGCCUGGUGCUUCGCGUCCAGGGAACUUGUCGGUGUCGGUCGGAGAAGAGAGAGUACAGUACAGACCUGCUGAUAAAUUAAUUUUACCUAGUCCAGUCGACGAAGGUGAGUACCGGUAGGAGCUUAGACUGGUUAGUACUAGAUCGAUCGAUAUGGCAAGCAUCGCCGUACGGGAUUGCCGAGCCGUGCUCCGGCCGAGUUGGUGGAUCUGGCGUCCUAGCUGUUGGGUACCGGCGCGAUGGAGUUCGGCAUCAGCAAGGACGUCCAGAUGGCCGGGGCGAACGCCGAGCUGGCGUCGAGGGAAGAGGCGCUCCCGGCGCUCCUGAUCCAGGUGCCCUCGCAGGCCAUCACCGGCUUCGACUGCGUCGCUGCCGACGCCGCCGUCUCCCUGAAUGAGCUGGAGGACAGGGUGGAGGAGCUGCAGACCUCGGGGAGCGCCAAGGACAUCGUCAUCAGCAUCCCCGCGGCCGCGAGGUCGUACGACGACGCGCACGUCCCGUACUCCGUCUCGCUCAGCAUGCCCGCGUCGCCGUCGGGGUUCCACCUGUCACAGUUCCGGACGGCGUCCGCGCGCCGCGUGGAGGCGCGCGUGGCGCCGGCCGCCGGAGGGCUCGACGUCCACCACCCCGUGGAGGAGCAGCAGCAGGCGGAGGCGCACCUGCACUCCCCGAGGCUGCUCAAGCAGACGCGGUUCCACUCGCAGCCCAUCCUGAACCUGCACCAGUCCAAGAACGCCGACGACGGCGCGCGCCGGUGCGACAGCACCCGCGACAAGCGCUUCGACCCGUUCAAGACCUUCUCCGGCCGCCUCGAGCGGCAGCUGUCCAACCUGCGCGGCCGCCCGCAGGAGCCCGACGACGGCGCGUCCCCGGACUCGAAGAUCUCCGAGGAGGAGACCGACCAGGUCCCCGCCGCCGACCGCUACUUCGACGCCCUGGAAGGCCCCGAGCUCGACACCCUCAGGGCGACGGAGGUGCCGGUGCUCCCGAAAGACGAGAAGUGGCCGUUCCUGCUGCGGUUCCCGAUCAGCGCGUUCGGGAUGUGCCUGGGCGUGAGCAGCCAGUCCAUCCUGUGGAAGACGCUGGCGUCGGAGCCGCCGACGGCGUUCCUGCACGUGAGCCCCGUGGUGAACCACGUGCUGUGGUACGCCGCGCUGGCGCUGAUGGCGCUGGUGUCCGUCAUCUACCUGCUCAAGGUGGUCUUCUACUUCGAGGCGGUGCGGCGCGAGUUCUACCACCCGAUCCGCGCCAACUUCUUCUUCGCGCCGUGGAUCGCGUGCCUGUUCCUGGUGCUGGGCGCGCCGCGGCUGGUGGCGGAGAUGCACCACGGCGUCUGGUACGGCCUCAUGGCGCCCAUCUUCUGCCUGGAGCUCAAGAUCUACGGGCAGUGGAUGUCCGGCGGGCAGCGCCGGCUGUCCAAGGUGGCCAACCCGUCCAACCACCUGUCCAUCGUCGGCAACUUCGUCGGCGCGCUGCUGGGCGCCAAGAUGGGCCUCCGCGAGGGCCCCAUCUUCUUCUUCGCCGUCGGGCUCGCGCACUACAUGGUCCUCUUCGUCACGCUCUACCAGCGGCUCCCCACCAACGUGACGCUCCCCAAGGAGCUCCACCCGGUCUUCUUCCUCUUCGUCGCCGCGCCCAGCGUGGCGUCCAUGGCCUGGGCCAGGAUCAACGGCCAGUUCGACGCCGGCGCACGGAUCGCCUACUUCAUCGCGCUUUUCCUCUACAUGUCACUGGCGGUGCGGAUCAACUUCUUCCGGGGCUUCCGGUUCUCGCUGGCGUGGUGGGCGUACACGUUCCCGAUGACCGGCGCGUCGGUGGCCACGAUCACGUACGCGACGGAGGUGACCAACGUGCUGACGCAGGCGCUCUCCAUCGGGCUCUCCGGCAUCGCCACAGUCACCGUGGCCGGGCUGCUGGUGACCACGGUGUUCCACGCCUUCGUCCUCAGGGACCUGUUCCCCAACGACGUGUCCAUCGCCAUCACCCGGAAGAAGCCCAAGUUCAGCAAGAUCCUGGCGCACCUGCGCUCCUCCAGCUCCGACAUGAAGGAGCUCGUGCUCUCGCUCUCCAAGCCGGCGCAGUCCGACGCCGGCGACACCGAGACCGACGCGUCCGUGACCACCACCAAAUCCCGACCCAAGCCGUGAGCUCUAGCUCUAGCUCGUCGCGGUCUCACGUCGUAUAGCUGCGAGAUGCUUAGCUAGCUGCACAUAGCGGAUUUUUUUUUCCCGUUCUCUUCAGUACGAAGGAAGGAGUGGGGUCGCCGGAGAAGAAGCGGAAGCACGCACGCAUCGAUCGGCGUGGAUGCAAUGGUCGGACAUGCGACGGCACACACGGGUAUCCUCGGAGCAUUUUUGUGGUGAUGAGGAUAUAGUGUGAGGAAGAUAGAUUGGUUAAUUUGUAAAUCCACCGAUAUAUAUGUGUAUGAUAUAUACGUAAGUUGUGUGGACUUGAGUAAGAAUAAACCAUGAACGUUAAUUAAUUAAUUAAA